AUGAUUAGUAAAUCAAAUAUUUCCACUUCUAGCUCGUGCGGUCCAUCACUCGAACAGCAGCGAAGGAGAUUCGAAAGUACACAGUUAAGGUUACAAAUGCUAUCGCGAAAGACAGAGGAAAUCCAUAUUGAUGAAUAUAUCAAAAAGCUUGCACUGGACAAUUCUGUCGUCACAAGCAAAGAUGAUAAUAAUUCAUAUGUUUCCAAGGUCAAAACAACUUUACCUGUAGCUUCUCACUCUUGCAUUCCUACUCACAAUACGCCUAAUCGUGGUGGUAAGUUCUCAGAUCAAAUCUCUGGUGUAUUUUCAACUGAACAAAUGUGUGAGAACCCAUCGCAUUUACUUGAUUUUCCGGAGGUCGGAUAUCUGAAUACUGCAAACUCGUUUUCUCCAGACACUUCUUUAGCUAAACCCUCAUGGUUAGUGAAUCUCUCUUCCCUACCACCAAUUUAUGGCGAUGCCAUUCGUGCCGCUACAACAAGUUAUGGUCUCGACAGUUCAAUAAUUUACGAGAUAUUCCGCUCGUCCAAUUUGAGCACAGAAGCAUUGUAUCAUAUUUGGUCACUUACAAGCUGCACCCAACCUGGUUGGUUUACACCGACUGAGUUAGUGACUGCCUUAGCUUUAAUCGGCCUGGCACAACGUAAGCAAUGGGAAUUCCAAUCAUGUUCUCUUUCCGAAACUAUUACUAUCCAAUCACUUUACGGACAAAUAUGUCCACCUGUCCCUAUGAUACAAAUUCCUAACUCCAGUAGGCCGUCUAAUUCUACAGUUAUGAUUUCUGGGCCGGAGUUAGUUACUCAUGGAAAUCCCCCAACUAGUUUUCGAGAUCCAGUAAUCUCAGGAUGUUCAAAGUUUCCCUUCCAACCUCCCGUCGUAGCCUUUUCUGCAUUUUCCAAUCGAUUGGAUAACGAUUCUUGUCACCAGUCUAUUCAGUCAUCUACAGAUUCUGUUUACAAGACACCAGAUCCCUUCAUGCAUUUCGUUUCAUCAGGAACCCUAUCUAUAAAUGACCCUGAGUGGUCUGAUUUUGCUUCUUUUAAUACUUCCGUUAAGCAAUCAAAGCAUAAUAGUAAUAAUAUCCCGAAAGUCUCUACAGAAGUUGGUAUUAAUGGCCAGAAAAAGUCAGUCACGAGCUCUCACAACUCCCUAUUUGAUGAAGAGUUUGGAAAUUUUCAAACUAGUUAUUCCGUUAAUGUAUCAAAACCGACUGAAAUUCUUGAUAAGCUUCCUCAUUCGAAUUCACUAACUACAGCGAAUAAUAAUAAUCUUUUAAAAUUACCAAUACAGAAAAGUGCUUAUAAUGAUGUACAGAAUAAAAUGAAUUCUUCAGAAUCUUUAUAUGAACAAUGGCUUCAUUGUUUGACUGAUUGCUUGAAAGUAUUCAAUGAUUCAUUGUUAGUUUUAUCUUCUCUUAAAAGUAUGGAAGAUCAAUUUGAAUUUGCAGAAAGUGAAGAAGGAUGUAAUUUCUUAUUGGAUGCCACUGAAAUUUAUUUGAUGACGAGACGAAUUAGCAUUUCAGCCAAGAAUUACAAUGUAAUUGAUUCAUCUAUGCAUCAACUGUUUUCGGAUAUUGAAAAUUCAUUUCGUAAAUUAUCAUCGUAUGCUGUUGUAACUGAUCUAAAGAAUAAAAUUGUUCAGGCUUUUAAUUUUGUUUCAACAUCAGAAAAUGAAUUCGUUAUUCAAGACUUCAUUAAUUCAAACACGUCCUCAUAUUGCGGAGUUUGUCUUUCAUCGAUCAGCUUGACCAAUGACCUGUGUGUUAAUAAUCAUUGCAAUGAAUCAUCCAGUUUUUCUCAACACCAACAAACUAACUAUCAUUUAGUUUAUAUUAAUCUAGCUGGUCGUUGCUAUCAUAUAUCAUGUGCUAAUUUCUGGAUGAAUCGUAUCAAUCCAUGUUUACCCGCUCUUAAAAUCCCAUUGUAA